UCCGAGGUCAGCCCGCUGUCAGAAAGCACCGAAGAAGAAAUUGGAGGAGGAAAAGAAACAGUUGGCUUUCUGUUAACAAACAAGGUUACACAUUUAUCUCAAAGGUGACCUAUUACAUGAUGUGAGCUGGGCCUUUCAACACCCGAGUGUUGCUCUGAGAAAUCCCAGUUUCAACUUGAGAUGAGCAUCUGGAGGAAACCUUGUGUCCGAUCAUGGAUUUAGGACAUUUUUGGCCCUUUUCAGUCUGACAACUCUAAGGGACAUGGAGAAGGAAGCGGCUGAGAAAGAGAUGGAUGAUGAGGAGGUUUGUGAUGGUGAUUUCGUCUCAGAGGCCAGUUUUUGUCAGCAGCAGACUGGAGAGACUGAUGACUGCGUGGAGGAGGAUAAUAUGGCCCAUCUCAGAUCUCAGGAAACACCAGUCAUUGACUCUGGAGCUGGUGAUGCGGAGUCAUGUGAAUCCAUGGAGGCUCAAGAGGACACAGAAGAGGUUUCAGAAGACUUUAAGCACGACUUGGAUCGUGAGAACCCAGGGGUUAUAAAUCAAGAGGAGGAUGAAGCUGCAAAGGAGCAGCAGAUGAACGGAGAGUCCGGCUGGAGGGCGUUGGGAGGCGGACGGCGGUGCAGGUUGAGAAGCGGCGGCUCUCUGUUCGAGCAGAGCGGUCAAAGUGCUUUCCCCCCGUUUCAGAAAGGCGGCAUCCCGUCAAGCGGAAGUCGACACAAGCAGACACGCAGACGCAACCAUCACCACCAUCAGCAGAGCCGGGGUCGCAGGCGGACAGGAAAGCAGCUUUUCAUGGCUUUCAGGGAGAUGCUGUCGGAGUCUCUGAGUGUCUGGUGCAUCUCGUGCGUCCACAUGCUGAUAGAGAUCAUUGUGACGUUAACUCACAACUGCGGCGUCGCGGUGGAAACCGGCGUUUUGAAACUUUACAACUUUGGGAAGCAGAUUCUUGUUAAGAUCACUGACCUGCCUGGAAUGAAAGCAGACGUCGGUCGGGUUUUGAGAUGGAUAAAAUGCACAGGAGCCGACCUUGUGGAUAAAACUGCGAGGACUCUGAAGUGGUUAAAGACAGCCGCCUCGUCUUGUUUCAGAGUCUCCUGUGCUCUGGUUGUUUUCAGCUUUUGUUGGUUAAAGGGGAUGUUGCUGCGUGUCGGCGGCGAGAGGGGGAAACGCUGGUGGACAGCUUUUCUAGACUCGCGGGUCUGGAAGAGGCUGGCGUCCGCGCUUGAGAGAGUCCGGAGCUGGUUCAGGAAGUACCGCAACAGAUCGCCCGAGUCCCCAGGCAGAGCAGGAAAGGGCGAGCCUAGUCAGGAGCUGGAGCGACUGCUGGCGCUGGCAGAGGUGCCGGAGGGGGAGCUGGACCCCUUCACGGUGCUUGGCGUGGAGGUACACGCCACCGAGACCGAGCUGAAGAAGGCCUACAGGCAGCUGGCUGUCCAGGUCCAUCCAGACAAGAACAAACAUCCGCGAGCCGGAGAGGCGUUCAAAGUUCUGAGGGCAGCCUGGGAUAUUGUCAGCAACCCUGAGACACGGCGAGAGUAUGAGCUGAAGCGCAUGGCGGCAACUGAGCUCUCAAAGUCCAUGAACGAGUUCCUCACUAAGCUGCAGGAUGACCUGAAGGAGGCUAUGAACACCAUGAUGUGCACAAAGUGUGAAGGCAAGCACAAGCGGUUCGAGAUGGACCGGGAUCCCGCCGAAGCCCGCUUCUGUGCCGAGUGCAGCCGUUGCCAUGGCGCCGAGGAGGGAGACCUGUGGGCGGAGUCCAGCAUGCUGGGCUUACGCAUCACGUACUUUGCUUGCAUGGAAGGAAAGGUGUAUGAUAUCACAGAGUGGGCAGGUUGCCAAAGAAUAAGCAUUUCCCCCGAUACCCAUCGUGUGCCGUACCACAUCUCCUUCGGUUCAAAGAACAACAGCAACGCCCCGCGGCACAGGAGCCCCUCAGAGCACGCCACAGGACCUUCCAACCCGGCCGAUUUACAGGACUUCUUCAACAGAAUGUUUAAGGGUGGACCGCCGAGUGACAUGGCUGCCAACGGCGGAGGCUUUUUCCCCUCAGGUCCGCCCAGUCAUCAUCACCCAGCCGGCGCCGGGGCGAGCCCUUUCUCCCCGCCGCCGGGUCCCACGGGCUUCUACAUGCCGGGCGGCCAUCGGCCGGAGUCCAGCGAGACGUGGCCCGACGGUGGCAAGCCCCCCCGCAGGAGAAAGAAGGUCCGGAAACCCUUCCAGAGGUGAAGCCCGCUCACUCGUUUGUGUGUCAAAACCGGGACACGACGAUCACAUAAAAAAAAAAAGGCCAUGUUUGUUUCUCGCCUGCCUGUCGGCAUGCCAAGAUCUGAAGCGGGAAGAGCGGUUGAGUUUGGAGCUGCAGUCAGACGAGCCGAGCAGGGAGGGGGAUCAGGAGGAGGAAGCGGUGGGGCGAAUCUCAGUGUUGAAGGCCAAGGAAGUGUCAGUGACGGUGCUUUAUCUGUCAUUUUCAUCUUAACGUGUCGGUCUUAACCAUGACUGUAGCCUUGAAAACCGAAAUCCCUCUAAUGCUGGAAUGAAGCAUUUUUUUUUUGGUUGUUUUUUUGAGAAGUUCCUGCCAAAUCUGUUAUUGCAUGAUUGAUUCACCUUGUUGUUUCUUUUUCUCUUUUGUUGAACGCUUCGGUUUUCUUCCUUCUCUUUUGUAUCAGGCUAGUUCUUCCACGUAGGGAGAGAAACGGUUAUGGAGGGCGCUACAGUCGUUAGGGUUUACGGAUCGCUAACUGAGAAGCGAGGACGGGGGGGGGGCGUCAGUGUUACUGUUGUUUUUGCUGUGUGUUCGUUCAUUUCUGCUUCCAGAUCAAAGCCUUGUCCUUCAUGUUUUUAGAGGUGAUCCGAGCCAAACAGAAGUAUCGUAUUCAUUUCUCCGUUCUUGACUGAGUGCGGUUCAGGUUGUCCUUGCAGUGUCUUGCAAAAGUAUUUAUUUAUACCCGUUGAGCCUUUUUUUUUUUUUACUUUUUUUGAUUGCGUCCCUAAAAUCCUCUUGUGUUUUACUGGGAAUUUAUAAGAUGAACCAACACAAAUCAGUACAUAACUAUGCACUGAAAGAUCUAAAUUCGUUUUUUGUUUUGUUUUUUUUAAACAAAUAAAAUGCUAUAAAGGGUGCUGUACAGUUUCUAAUAACGACUCGGUUAAUACUUUGUAGAAAAACGCAUAUUGCUUCAAUUCCAACUGCAGGUCUUUUGGGGGCAUGUCUCCUCCCUCCUUUGCUCAUCGUUCUUUGCACAAAUCAAGCUCAGUGAGAUGAGAUGGAGGCUGUCUGUGAACGUCCGUUUUCCACAGAAUUACAUUUUUAACACUUUAAUGGGCUUUGAUAGAAACCACCCCACCGUUCUCCUGCCGGGAGGUGAGAACGGCCAUGUUUUCCGCCAUGUCCGCCAUGUUUUCCGUAUUUAGCUCCGUGCGUCGUUCAGUCAUCUCCUAUAAACUUCCCUGCCUCGGCUGAAGAAGAGCACGCCCGCAGCGCGAUGCAUUCACUACCCUGUUUCCACAGUGGGAAUAGUGUUUUCAACCUGCCGCUUCUCGCCACAAGUAGAGUUCUGGAUAUAUAGGAUGCAAAAGUCCAGUGUUGGUCUCAUCAGGGCACAGCACCUUCUUUCCGCAUGUCUGCUUUUAUCCUCAGCGUGACCAGUGGUAAAAACCGUAAAUAGGACUUGGAAGUGCUCGCUCAUUGCCUCUCGUCAGCAGAUGUGUGGAGCGGGCCUCUUGGCUGCUUCUCAGAUUCCUGCGCUCCUUGCACGGCGUGUGAGUUUAGAGGAGCAGCCACGUCCCGGUAGGCUUGCAGUUGUGCCACAGUUCAUUUCUGAACUUUUUCAUACGUCUUUGUGCGACGUCCGACGCUCCGAGUGUUGUUUUAUAACCCAAACCCGCUUUAAACUCCUCAACAGCGCUCUCCCUUACCAUUGGUUGUCAGCUUUUUUUUUUAUCAGCAUAUUUGUGGCUGAAUAAAAGUGCACAGGCACUUUUUUUGAUUAAUUUUUUAUUUUUGUUGUUGAUAAAUAAAAAAAAUCAAGGGAUGUGAAUACUUUUGCAAGGCAUUGGGACGUGUUUGAGUAGUAAUGCUGCAGAUCUCCCAAAAAACCUGGGAAGUCUAUACUAUUUCCAUUUGUUCAAUAAAAACAGUUUUAGUGAAGAUAUUCUUUCAGAGAAAGGUUUUUUUAAGUCACUCAUAAUUUGCUUCUCAUCACCAGGCUUCGUACCCGUCGCUAUGAUCACACAUUUAUUUGGACCAUCUGUAAUGUGUGAUGGAGGGUGUUUGUGUCCUGAAAACAGUUUUUUUUAGGCUAAUUUCCAUAAGAUUUUAAUAAAAAAAGCAGCUGAUUCAGGGGAAAAAAAUGAUUCGACUGGGAUCAGAAGGUCCACCGAUCUGAAACCGAGGCGCUGUUCAGAUGCAGAAUGCGUCGUUGCUUUUUUUUGCUCUGACUCGCACAGCAAGACCGACCGAGGAAGACGAAGGCCACAAAAAUGUUUAUGCUGCUACGCUGACGGUUCACGGCGGUUUUUAUUCUUACAUAGCUGGUAAAAUAAUUCAUGUUCCAGCUAUCUAAAUAUUACUGCAUUUUCCUCCUGAGCUGAGGUGGUUGCACCUUUGUUUUUAUUUUUUUAGCAUGACCGUCAUUGUUACACAUUUAAUUCUUCUUCUCAGCCGCUGAUGUCCAGGUCCGCGUCGUUUCCUGCAGACUCUUAUUUAAUUGCAGCUGUUGUGGUUCAGAUUUCCACAUUACAGGUUCAUAGGAAGUCCGCCCAGUGCAUUCUGGUUGCAUUAGCAUAAAAAAAGGCAACCGAGUUCACACGGGCCUUGAAUGGAAAUGAGUUCAUGGUUAAUUGAACCUUUUUUUUUUUUUUUUUUUUGCCUGUAGCCUUGUAAAAGCAAUCUGCUACAUUGUUUACACCUGACUUGAAGAUUGUGGGCAGUUAUUGAAAAGGCAACUCGUUAUGUGUGUGUGUGUGUGUGUGAGGCACUUGAUAAAGGCUAUAUUUUAUAUUCAUAAAAAGGUUUUCUAUUGUGUUAAUCUUCUUUUUCUUUUUGCACACACCCAGCGCUAGUAAAUGAAUAAAAAAAAAAAAAAGUAGACUGACUUUGAUUCAGUGAUUUUUCACGCUAGCUGCGGGUGAGCGUCAGGUCCUGCUCACCCAGCUCUCAGAUUUUCCCAGCCGUUUGCACAGGCGUCACGCUCUGCAGAAGAUGCGUGCGGAGCCAAUGCCUAAAAGGAGCUCCUGUUGCAAACGCUCGACCGCGCGGGAAGACGUCGCUUCUCUUAACCUGCUGAGAAUAUUCGGAGUCGUUUGUCCGGUUUUCCGGCCACGAAGGAAAUGCGUGGAACUCGAGGUGCAGGCUCCAAGAUGUACAGCUAGCUCUCCUGUGAAGGCCAAAGGUUUUAAGGUGAGGGGAAUUUCAGGGUCUGAUCUUUAAAAGUCAUUUGCGACUCCCGUUAGCCCCUGAUCCUCAGUUCCCGCAGACGUCGGAGCUGGAAGGGUUGAGACUUGUCCGCUUGAGGAAGUGCACAGCCUCUCCCCCCCGGUGUGACUGCGUCAGUUGUCUUGCUUUCUUUUCGUCUCUUUUGUGAUUUGAGAAAAUGAAGUGCUGUACGUUCUAAAAGGUAGCAGUCCAGAGUCCAAGAAGCCCGUGAACGAGCCGAACGACGCGUCAGUGUUCCGUUUCCUUUUUCGCGUUUUUUAAACAGAUUAUGCAGAACUGUUGCAAAAACAUUUGACAAUCAUCAGGGUUUUUUUGUAUGAAGUUAAGAGGCGAGUUCCCAGUUUUAAAAGUGAUAUUCUUGGGUUUCUUUCCCCUGCUUACUCUGGUUUUCAAAAAUAAAGAUGAUUUCCAAGGUG